AUGAUAGACGCGUCGGGAAUGUACAAAUUGACGGUGAUGAACAUGACGACGGCGGCGAUCGAGCAAACCGACGCCAUCUUCCGCGCCGCCCUGAUCAUCGAGUGGAUCCUCAUCUCCAUCGGCUUCGGAGAGACCAUUCUAUUGUGGUACUUGUUGCGCUACACCAAUCAAUACCACCGCAAUCUCGCGAUGAUCGUCGAGCAACUGCCCAACCAGUAUUUCCCAUCGCUUCUCGCCCGAAUGUUUAUGAUCUACAAGCAGUUGAUGAUUACGGACACAGGUAUGCAUCACAGAACAGUAUACUCGAACGGAAAUUGAUUAUAUUUACAUACACACACACACACACACAACUUGCUUUGUUUUGAUGUUCACACUAGAUUAAUGAAAGUCAUGUUAUGUUAGGUCUUUCGUGUCUAUUGGGAAUUUUGUUAUUUCCAGUGAAAGUCCUAUACGUUUGUAGUUUUUCAAUUCUUUUCAUGGCCUUCUCUUAAGACUACUGUAGUUAUUGUACUACAAAAAUUUGCCGUAAAUGGAGUCUAGUCAAGCAAGACAAUUUAUCUCGGCUACCGGUAGAGAUAGCAAAAAGUGAUCAACAAAUAUAAAAUGUACACCAUUUUUCAGUGAUCAUUUCAUUAGCUGACAACCUUUUUAUAUCACCACCGGCAGCUGAGAUAAAUAGUUUUAAAUCAACGUUACAGUAUAUAUAGUCAGACCAAAAACGUAGAAAGGGGCGUGGCCUAGCGCGUGCACGGUUUUGACACUAUUUUGGCGCGAAAUUCGAAAUUUAACCCCAUUUUUCAUGUUUUUCGUCAAAAAUUACCCGAAUUUUGUACAAUUUCGACGAUGUAAUUGCAUAACUUUGUUAAACUAAUCAUCGCGCGCAAUUUUGAGCUUAAAACGAGCAGGUUUCAUUCAGAAAUUCAAUCAAUUGAAUCGAUUUUAAGUUUUGUGCGGAAAAUGCGCGAAUUUCAGUCAUUCGCCGAUACUUUUUGCCGUUUGAACGCUUAAAAUACUUGUAUUAAAGUGCUUAAUCACUUCCGACACUCACUUCGUCUCAAAACUAUCCACAUCGGCCGGUAUGAAAAUUCCGAAAUUGCGGCGGAGAGCGUAUUGCGAAAUAUGCCAAAAACGUUUCAAACGCGACGUUUUCACGAAAAUUUCAAUGUUUUCUCUCUUUAAUGUCUCUUCUUUCGUCGAUAUCAAACACAAAAAUCAUCGGAAAAGUGCUGGAAUUGCGGCAAUUUUCAGAAAACGCGUCUCAGAUUGGCCACGCCCCUUUCUACACUUUUGGUCGCCGUGGGACCGGUCCCAACUUUCAGCAGUAGUCUUAGAAAACGGUGUACUGAAAAAAAAAGUACUAGACAUGAACGUUUCCUAACUCUCGCCUAACUAAUUCUCUUAAACUCCAGCCGUGCUCAUCGAGGACCGUUCCUUUCUGUUCGCCGUUUGGCUCCGCAACUCUCUGCUCUUCGUCGCCUUCUACUUUGCUCCAUUUCCAGUGUUCGAGCGAUGCUUCGCCACCAUCUACAUGCUCGUAAGUUCACAAAAACAUGUUCUUCACCGCACUCUUCUUCUCAAGGACUACGAAACGCACAAAAGACGGUGGAUCUCCUACAUUUUGACGGCGAUUCUCUACGUCAUCGCGCUCACUUCAGCACACUUUUUCAUAUUUGGCUCGAAACAUCGCGAAAUUCACAUUUUCGUCAUCACCGGCUUCAAUUUACUCGCUUUCGGGGUAUCACUUUGACUGGAAUUUGAAGGAUAAAACGUACUUUCAGUUGACAUUUGUGAUGGAACGGUAUAACAAGAGGCGCUAUAGUGCCCUACGAAAAAAUAUCAACAGUGAAUACAGCCUGAGCGCGAGGACGCAACUUUCCGAGAAUAUUAACAGUACUUUGGUAGGAUUCGAUAGGGGGAAAUUCAUAACAUUUUGUAUAUUGUAGCCAUUCAAAGUGAUGUGCUUCUCGAUCGCCUUCUUCGCCUCCACGUGCACUUCGAUGCUCCAUGUGGACGAGUGGACCGACUCGCCGGUCAUCAGAAAUUGGGUCUACAUAGCCUUCAACUUCUGCUGUUGGUCCUACGGGACCGUCGUCCCACUCUUCAUGCUCGCCUACAAUCCGCAGUGGCAGAAAGAGUUGCGGAGACUGGGCAGAAAGGUGAAGAGGAUUGACUAGAAGUAGAAUCCAAAAAAAACCCGUUUCAGUUCUGCUGCUGCUUCUGCUCUCUCAAUCGCGUCAAUACCACCACGUCCGGAGAGGGAGACGGAGGAGGAAGCGAGCGGAAGAAGCAAACGACGCGUGUGAAAGACACGUUCGGCAACAAUUGCUACGUGGAUGACAAAGAGCACACGACGAUCUACUUUUCGCAGCUAAACGCCGACUGGAACCGGCUCGAAGAGCCGCAGGAUGUGCAGCACAACGCGAAGAGGAAUCGGUUGACGGCGAGGAGCAGAAGUGACGGUCCCGCGUCGACGGUCACCGCGCGGAGCAUCUCCAACGGAUCCGUUUCGCCCAGACAGAUUGCGUUUUAG